AUGGCGACAGGCGUCGAUGCAAAGCUCCUCAAGAGCACAAAAUUCCCACCGGAAUUCAACCAAAAGGUCGACAUGACCAAGGUCAACCUCCAGAUGGAUCGCAGGUCGCAUAACCGAAAUCCUUGCCAACGAAGACGAUGUUCUCUACAGAUUCAGCUCACUGGCUUUCUCGACAAGGACACGCCCGGGUUUUGCAAGGAGAUGUGGGGGCUGCUGCUGAGUGCGCAGGAUUCUCCCCAGGGCGUGCCGAAGGAGUUGCUGGAGGCCAAGAAGCUGGAGCUCUUGCAGGAAAAGAGGGAGCAGGAGGAGGCGAGGCAGAAGAGAGAGGAUAGUGAGAAUCAGAGGAGGGAUAGCUUUCAGAGGGGGCUUGGUGGGAGGGGUGAUAGAGCUGAGAGAGGGAGAGGUGCUGGGGGGCCGAGGGGAGGGGGUAGACUGGGAGGUGAUUCUUGGAGAGGUCCAGGUGGGAGGGACGACAACAGAGAUCGGCCUUUUGGGAGGGGCAGAGGAGGUGAUGAGAGACGGUCCAGGUCGCCGCCGAGAUACCGUGACCGUGGGGGAAGAGGAGGACCGAGGGGUGGCUUGAGGGAUUCAUAUGUCCCAGGCGGACGGGGUAGUUCACCGCUCCGUUGUGGCGGAAGGGGGAUGGGAGAUAGGCGGGAUGAUAGGCGGAGAAGGUCCAGGUCGCGCUCACGGUCGCCUUCUGUGCGCUCGGCUUCGUCCCGGUCUCGGUCUAGAUCUCGAUCUCUCUCUCGCAACCCUAGUGUGGAUGGGAAGAGACGGUCCUAUUCGCGAUCGGCUAGUCCCCCUCGUCGACGCCGUCGUUCUCGCUCACCACUUCCCUACAGGGAUACAGUCAAAAGACGCCGCUCCCCUGCCCGGGAUGCCGACCGCCGUAGCCGGUCCCGAUCAGUAGCAUCCGACCGCGGCUCACCUUCACCAAAGCGUCGCCGUUAUUCUCCAUCUAGCAGCCGGAGCAGAAGCAGAAGCAGAAGCAGGAGCAGGAGCCGCACCCGCAGCCGCUCUCGCAGUCUAACACGCAGUCCAUCCAGGACCCGAAACCGGCGGUACAGUCGAUCUUCCUAUUCUUCCGGAUCCUCUCGCUACUCCCGAUCUCUUAGUCGAAGCCGAAGCCGAAGCCCUCCCCCCAGGCGGUCAAGAGGUGGAAGCAGGAGUGUCUCCCCCGACAUCAAGCGACAUCGGAGUAGGAGCCGCUCUCGCAGUACGGGCCGUAGCAUUAGUCCUGCUAGCUCCUACGGACGACGCCGAUCCCGUUCCCGCUCUCCACGUCGUCGAUCUCGUGAUAGAAAACGUAGCCGCAGUGGUUCGAGGGAUAGAAGAGGAGGACGAAGCAGGGCCUCUUCUGCAUCUUCACAACUUUCCAAGCGGGACAGAUCGGCUGAUGGUUCAGGAGCUGAAGACAGACCCCCCAAAGCCCACCAUGACGAUGCGGCGGUGUCGAGCCAAGAUCAGGAGUCCAAAAUCGACACUGAGCAGCGGGAGAAGGAGCUCAAGGAGAAGAUCAAGCAGAUGAGAUCCUCAAGAAGUAGUGACGUGGUUGAGGCUAACGGUGCUUGA